AUGCUGCAGAAACUCAGCGAAGGCACGAGGGCAGGCUACGAGGGAGGAUGGCGGCUCUGGGUAGCUGUGCGCCAGGCGCAGGGGCUUAGCCCUUGGCUCCCAGGACGCGAUCGCGAGGAGCGCCUGGCCGACGAGGAGGCGCUCAUCAACUUCGCCGUCCUCCUAGCGCGGGUCGUUGGGAGGACCGAGGGGACCAUCAAGCAGAAGCUCUUCGCGGUGCGCUACGCCCACCUGGUGGCCGGCUACUCGGAUCCACUGCUCCACAGGGGUCGCCUUUGGAGCACCCUGGCAAGGCUAAAACGCUGGCAGGGGCCCGAGACCAAGCGGAAGAAGCCCGUCACGCCAGCCAUGCUCGAGUGGCUCCGCGGCUUCCUCCAGCAAGAAGCCAAGCUCCCCGAGGAGGAUGCGGUGGUCAUCUGGGCGGCCAUUGUGACAGCGUUCUUCUUCCUCCUGAGGGCUUCAGAGUACCUCCUCCAGGACGGGCGCUCGUGGUCCUUCGAGCGCGUGCUGCACGGGGAGGACGUAGAGCCCAGGAAGGACGGGAAGCGGGUGCCCAGCUUCCAGGACGCCGACGAGAUGGUGAUCUACAUCAAGGGCAGCAAGACGGACCAGCUCAACGUCGGGACGGUGAGGAACCACUACCGCGCCGGCACGACGCUCUGCCCGAUCGCGGCGAUGGAGCGGCUCCAGGCUCACCAUCCCCAGCGGAUAAAAGGGCACCGAGGAACGGCUGCCCCUUUUCCGCUGGGCGUGCAGCACUUUCUGACGGUCGCGGGGCUGGCCGCCGGCCUCUCUAGAGAGGAAAUCGGCAGCCAUUCCCUGAGGAUCGGCGGGGCGACCGCAAUGUACCACGUGACCGAGGACCUCUCCCGGGUGCGCCAGUUCGGGCGCUGGCAGUCGGACGCGUUCCACGGCUACCUGUGGGAGUCGCACGAGCCGAUGAAGGGCAUCUCCGGCAAGAUGGCCAGGGACACCUCCUCGCUGACCAACCCGGCGAAGGACAGCGGCACACCCACCCGUGCCUUCGGCACUGGCCAAUACCUCAGCGCGGGCGUACGCGCACAGGCCCGCGCCCGAGCGCCGGGGCGGGGAGCCGGGAGAUCUGGAGGCCGCGGCGCGGACGGGGGUGCCAAGCACCGGCCUGUGCCGAGCGCCAGCGAUGGCAUCUUCGGGCCUUGGCCCGAGGCCAGCGCCGCCUGCCGUGGCGACCUCGAAACUCUGGCUGUCGGGGUGGCGCCGGCAGCUGGAGCUGCCACGGAGCAGGCGCCCGUCCCGAGGGCCGAGGCAGCAAUCCUGCGCGGUGCCUGGCGGCUGGCCUCAGAGGCCGACAUGGCCUACUUGCUUGACCGCCUGGGCGCGGGCGCCCCCAAGGCAGUUCGUUGGUGA